UUGUUUCUGAGAAGCAGCCAAAUGCUUCAGCAGUGCUGUGAGCACUCGCAGCACUGCCAGCAGCCCAGUGCCACCAGCACCAGCAGCAGCUCUCUGCUGCUGGAGGAAAAAUGACCCCUCAGGGUAGGGAAAUGAGGAAUGGCAGAACCUGCUGAGAGAGGGAAAGAAUUUGGAGAAUGUCACAUUGGGAAGAGUGUUUCUAGUCAGGAGGAAAUGAGGAGCCACUCAAAGAAAUCUGCAUGUUGAGAUAUUUCCUCUCUGGCAGCAAAAACUUCAAGACAAACAGCUCUGAGGAAGUGAAAUUCUGACGUAGCCAAAGAUUAAAUUUCCGAUUGUCCCACCAAGCCUUGCGAAACAAUUAAGGAACAAGGAACAGAGAGGAGCCAGCAGGACAGCAGUGAGGAGCUCCUGGUGAUCUGGGCACUUUCUCCUUCAUGUCACUGACCUGGCAGGAGCCGCUUUAGGACAUGGAUCCCAAAGGAGCCAGAGGUUCCAGGAAGCGCCACUGAUCUUCACAGACCCCUUUGCCUGCUGCUGCCCCACAGGGAACAGGGAGCUGCUGAGGAGCCUCAUGGUCCAUCCCUGGAUUCUCCAAGCACUGACCCCCCAUCCACUCUGACCACAGCCAGGGCCACAUCCCACCGCCUGCCCAGCGUCCAUCCAUGGAGGAGCCGCUUUAGGACAUGGAUCCCAAAGGAGCCAGAGGUUCCAGGAAGCGCCACUGAUCUGCACAGACCCCUUUGCCUGCUGCUGCCCCACAGGGAACAGGGAGCUGCUGAGGAGCCUCAUGGUCCAUCCCUGGAUUUUCCAAGCACUGACUCCCCAUCCACUCUGACCAUAGCCAGGGCCACAUCCCACCGCCUGCCCAGCGUCCAUCCAUGGGGAUGAGAACCAUGUCCCCCCCUGCCAUCUCACCUGAAGGGGACAGUCUGUGUGAGACAGAUGUCCCCAGCGUGGCCAUAGACAGUGUGACACUGCUCAUCUGCCUCUGUGGGCUGGCCGGGACCAGGGCUGUGCUCUGGGUCCUCGGAUUCUGCAUCCAGAGGGACACCAUCAAACCCAUCACUGCCUGCAUCCUUGGCCUGGCCAUCAUCAACUUCCUCUUCCUCAUCUUCAUGGUCCCCUCUGCUCUGCUCUUCCUGCUGGAGGAUUUGUCCUGCUCUGCCAUCAUGUCCCCAGCAUACAUAAGCUUCCUUUUCCUCCUCUUGCUGAUUUUCUACCAUGUAGGGCCAUACCGGCCAGCAGCCAUCAGCAUCGUGAGGUGCAGGUGCAUCCUCUGCCCACGUGGGCUCUUCUGCCACCUUCCCCAGGACCUGUCAGGGGUGCUGAUGAGUGCCGUGCCCUGGGCCCUUUCCAUCACUGCCAUCGCUGCCAUUUCUGUGGUGACUUCCCUGUCCAAGUCACAGGAACACAAGCUCUUGGAGGCUCUCAUCUCCCUCUACAUCCUCUACCUCCUCGUCUUGGCUCCAUCCGUGGUUAUUUCCAGCACAAUCCCCUUCAUUCAUUUCAAGGGUAGCUCCCAGAUGCAGCAAUUCAAGAAGCUCAACAUCAUUGUCUUCCUCGCUGUGCUCCUCACUUUCCCCCUCAGUCUCUGGAAUUUCCUGCAGCAGCUCGGCUGCACCACUGUGUCUCCCAGGUUGUUUGUUCACUGCAUGCACAGCAGCAUCAACCCCUUCAUCUUCUUCUCAGUUACAAAAUGCUGGAGGUGCUGCUCCAUGGAGUCCCUCAGGGAGUGCCUCCAGAAGGUCUCUGAGGAGCCAGAAGGAAACUCUGCCCACAGGAAUGAUGCCAGCAGGGACACAGGGGGGCUGAGCCUGUUAAACCCUUUAGCUUCUCCUAUGCAGGACCAUGGGGCAGUGGUUGAGAAUUUCCUUGAGCCACCAGAUUAUUUGCCCCCUCAGCAGGCUCCGAUGGUGCAGCAGCAAGGAGAGGAAGAGGCCGUGGUCCUCAGCACGGCCACCCCCUUCCAGGAGCAGGGUGGCACCUGUGGAGCCUCAUGGGCCAUCCCUGGAUUCUCCAAGCACGGACUCCCCAUCCACUCUGACCACAACCAGAGCCACAUCCCACCACCUGCCCAGCAUCCAUCCAUGGAGGUGAGCACCGUGUACCCUGUUUUCACCUCACCAACCAACGGACCUGGUCAGUGUGAGAUCAAUGUCUCCAGCGUGGCCUUACACUUUGCGACGCUUCUCUUUGGUGUCUGUGGGCUAGCUGGGAACGGGGCUUUCCUCCGGCUCCUCCACAUUAACCCCUCCACCGACUUCGUUUUCAACCAGGCCAUCACCGACUUCCUCUUCCUUAUCAUCAUGGUCCCCUCGACCGUGGUCUUCCUUGUGGAGGAACUGUCCUGCUCUGCUAUAAUGGCCCUGAUGUAUUUGAGCUUUCUUUUUUACCUCUCACUGUUCUCCUACACCAUGGGGCUCUACCGCCUGACAUUCAUCAGCUUUCAGAGGUGCAGGUCCAUCCUCUGCCUGUUUUUCUGUGGUUGCCAACUCCCUGAGCGACUGCUCUUGGUGAUGAUGACUGUCCUGUUCUGGGUCCUCCUCUUUGUUGUCACCGCUGUCAAUCCCACGGUGACUUCCCAGUGCCAGUUACACGAGCAGGAGCAAUGCCAUGUGGCUCUCACCUCCAUAUAUGCUCUCAACCUCUUCCUAUUUGCUGCACCCGUGGUCAUUUCCAGCACAAUCCUCUACAUUCAUUUCAAGGCUGGCUCCCAGCAGCAGCAGCAACACAAGAGGCUCGAUAUUGUUAUUGUCCUCGUUGCACUCUUCAGUCUGCCCCUCAGUCUCUGGUCUUUCCUGCAGCAGCUCGGUUACACAGCUGUGCCCUCCCAGGCAGUUUUCCUGCUCACCUGCAUCGCCAGCAGCGUCAAACCCUUCAUCUACUUCUUGGUGGGGAGCUGGAAGAGAGACUGCUCCAUGGGGAGCUGCUGGAGACACUGCUCCAUGGAGAACUGCAGGAGGCAUUCCACUGUGGAGUCCCUAAGGAAGGCGAUCCACAGGGUGUUUGGGGAACCAGAAGAAAACACUGCCUGUGGAAAUGAGCCCAACUCUGAUGCAGAGGACUGAGCCUGUUGAUGCCUUCCACUGCACUGCUGAGAGACCCCUGGACAAUGGCUGAGGAAUUCUGUGAGGGACCUGAUCAAUAAAUCCCCACAGGAUCACCCUCCCUGUGCUGGUGCAUCCCCCACCCCCUUUCCAGCCCGCACUGGGCUCUGAUCCGUGCUUGGGAGGCCUCAGCCUUGAGGAGCAGCCCCUGGGCUCAGCUCCUCUGGCGCUGAUCACAAACACCCUCUGCUCCCAGGAACUGCUGCUGUCCAACCACCUCCUGGGCUUUUAUCAACAGCCUUGGCAAUUCUUUCACUUCCCUGGAUGCCACAGCAUCCCUGCUCUCACGCUUCCACAGCGAGUUGCCGGCCCCCAGGGUGGCCGGAGUGAAACAUUGCUGUGGCUGAAGCCCAUCCCUUGGGCCCUGUGAGCAGGGCCAAAAGGAGCCCCUUGGAGCUCUCCUGGUUCCAGCAGCGCUGAGCAGAAGCUCCCUGGCCCUGGGGCCUCUCCGAGCUGGGAUCUCUCCGUCUGCUGCCCUCGGGUGAUCCCCAAGCGCCGGCGGCUCCUGGGCCGAUCCCCCAGGGCUGGACGCCCAAGCCUUGGCACGGUGAGGAGAUGCCAAGGGAUCCGCAGGGAGCAUUUCCCUGCCUCCCCGGGGAAUUUCUCACAGGCACCCUGCACUGACUCUUCCUGUCUGUGUGCACACACGGGAGCAUCUGCUCUGGCAAAUGUGGGGAAAUGCUGCUCUCUCAGCUGCUCAGUGCCUGAGACACCUCCGUGGGUCAGGCCUGGCACCAAGGUUAAGGCCUGAGAUACCAUUGCAGCUAAAUGCAGAGGAAAACAGAGCCUCACUCAGAGCGAGGGAGCAGGAAAGCUCCCAGAGUGCUGUCUGGGAAAGCUGUGGGAUAUGAUAGGAUGUGGUGAGGAUGGAGAAUGGGGUGGGGAUGGGGAUGGGGAGCCAGCAUGAGGAUGGGAUGGGAUAGGAUAGGGAGGAGCUCAGCUGUGCUUCCUUGGGCCCAGGUCAUGUUUUGGCAAUGAUCAUGGAGCUGUUCCCAAACUGGGAUGUGAUACACCCAGCUUCUUCAUCAGCACUGCCAGCACUUGUAGCAUUGAAGUGCCACCAGCA